AGUGGGAUCUCUAGUGCAUUUACCGUAAAUGCGAAGCACUCGCAAGGCUCCUAAAAAACUUGGACAAAUGAGCCAAAAAAUGAUUCGAUUGUAGAGAAUCCUGAAGUCGUUCACAUCGAUUCCGGCACUCUAUUUUUCCUACCGCGUUUUUGUACACGAAAACAAACUACCGCUAGCAUUUUGCAGCAUCACGACGCCACUCUCACUAUACUGGCUGCUAGAAGCCAUCGCAACGUUUGUCACUCUCGAUCUAGCUGACAUCGUUCUGUACGUUGCUUUGAAAGUUUGUUUGAUUGAAGUCCUUCGUGUGAAAAUCGCAGAAAAAUACGAAUCUGAUCAUGAGCCUACAGAAAAAGUAGUUUCUAGUGCUCAUAAUGCUCUUCCUUGCAGUAAGAUGGUCAUGGAUCUAACGCAAAGUGAAGCGUCCCAGGAGAAUGCGACAGUAUAUCACACAAUCAAACCCCCCACGCAUAAUUCCUGGAAAACGAUAACAAAUACCGUAUCAAUGGAGAUAAGCAGUGAGCCCAUCAGUCGAUCGGCUACAGAUAGUCCGAGAUCUGGCGAUCGCGAUGAAACGAGAAGUUUGCUUCAAUCAGUCUCUACUUGCCGUACACAAGGGGAUUCAUCUGGUAGUAAAACACUCCAAAGUGCUGUAGCAAAUGAUCGCGGCGAUUGGCGUGCGAUGCACAUAGAAAGGUUUUCGGCAUCUACAUUCACCAGUGGAGAAGCUCGAGAUGGAAAGAUGGACUUGGAAGAAGAGUACGAUGGUGUGGCUGAUGAAAGUGAUCUUAUCACAAAUCCCAUGUUCAAGGUGGAGUUUGCAAAAUCUGAAUGUAACAGAAGCAAACGAGUAGCCAUGUCAAACGUAUCAAAAAGGAAACUAAUGUGGAAAAUCAGGUCAAACUUAUGGAGAACACUAUCCGCACUUCCGACAGCAGGGGUGUUGGGAGCUGGAGAGCACGAUCAAAUCGAAAUUUCAAUCGCGGAUAAUUUUGACAAGGGCGGAAAAGUAGAAAUUGCAUAUGUUUACGUCGAUGAUGCGACCGAGCAGUUCAACAGAAGAAUUUAUUCUAAGUUCGUUGGACUUCAAAUACGACUUACUCCACAUGAUAUCGUUGACUAUUCCAUCAAAUCCUUCGUGCUUGCUACUGCUUAUAAAUCGUGUGUUCGAGGAAGCUCAGUUCUUUACGAAUAG